UUUGGACAGACUCCACAGCAAGGUUUACGGAGCACUUAAUCAAGGGAGGUUACAUUUCAGGAAAGCGCUUUUGGAUCCAAGAUAAAGGCGGGGUGUAAAACAGAAAACACAGCUGCCUGAGUCAGAAAGGUCCUUUGAUUGCCUCUGCCCUCAAGACUGCGCCUCUCCCAGCUGAAACAGCUUGGUGCCAUGGCUCUGGAGCAGAAUCACUCAAUGGAGUACUAUUAUGAGGAAAAUGAGAUGAAUGAUACCCAUGACUACAGUCAGUAUGAAGUGAUCUGCAUAAAAGAAGAGGUCAGGCAGUUUGCGAAAGUCUUCCUCCCUGCCUUCUUUACCAUGGCCUUUGUCCUUGGGCUGGCAGGGAACUCCAUAGUUGUGGCAAUUUAUGCCUACUACAAGAAGCAGAGGACCAAGACAGAUGUGUACAUCCUGAACCUAGCUGUAGCCGACUUGUUGCUUCUGGUCACACUGCCUUUCUGGGCAGUUAAUGCAGUUCAUGGGUGGAUUCUAGGAAAAAUGAUGUGCAAAGUAACUUCGGCCCUGUACACAGUAAACUUCGUCUCUGGGAUGCAGUUCCUGGCUUGUAUCAGCAUUGACAGAUACUGGGCAAUCACUAAGGCCCCCAGCCAAUCAGGAGUGGGGAGACCCUGCUGGAUCAUCUGUUGCUGCGUGUGGAUGGCUGCCAUCUUGCUGAGCAUCCCCCAGCUGGUUUUUUACACAGUGAAUCAGAAUGCUCGCUGCACUCCCAUCUUUCCCCACCACCUCGGAACAUCCCUGAAGGCAUCCAUUCAGAUGCUGGAAAUCUUCAUCGGCUUUGUGGUUCCCUUCCUUAUCAUGGGGGUGUGCUAUGCCAUUACUGCCAGGACACUCAUCAAGAUGCCAAACAUUAAAAAGUCUCGCCCCCUCAAGGUUCUGCUCACGGUGGUUGUUGUCUUCAUUGUCACUCAGCUGCCCUAUAACAUCGUCAAGUUCUGCCGAGCCAUAGAUGCCAUCUACCUGCUGAUCACCAACUGUGACAUGAGCAAGCGCAUGGAUGUUGCCAUCCAGGUCACAGAGAGCAUCGCGCUCUUCCACAGCUGCCUCAACCCUGUCCUCUAUGUCUUCAUGGGAGCUUCUUUCAAAACCUAUAUCAUGAAAGUGGCCAAGAAAUAUGGGUCCUGGAGAAGACAGAGACAGAACGUGGAGGAAAUUCCUUUCGAUUCUGAGGGUCCUACAGAGCCAACCAGUUCUUUUACCAUUUAAACACAAAACUGCGCUCUGCUCUUUGCUUGGAUACUCACAUAUGAGGGACGUUUCUUCCUCAGACAGAAUAUUUGUGUCACACUGAGACUCAACUGUCAAAUAUCAAACGCUGUUGCUGCAAUGGACAACAAGGAGGCAGAGGGAUGGGUGCGGAAGGGCGACAGACAACGAACGGAGAGGCAAUAACAAACGGGCAAAAUGUGGAAAUUAAAGCUGGUGACAGGAGAGGAGAAUGGCAGGAGGCAGAGAAGCACUGUGCCAUGAAGAGGACGGGUGUGUGGUGGUGGUGGUGGUGGGGUUGCAUUUUCACAGCAGUGGUGGCUACUCCAGUCUAGAUGUGCUCCCUGUGAACUUCACUCCUUGGUGUUGGCUGUGACUAUAACUAUGUAAUAUGAAACACUGGGCAAUGCGCACCCAGGACCAUCCUAUAGGAGAGGUCACUGUGCACCCAGGACCAUCCUGUACUAUCUCUGUAACUUCCUAUGAGUAGACAGUAACUUAAAAUUAAAAGUUUAAAAAAAAAUCAUAGCCAGGCGCGGUGGCCCACACCUGUAAUCCCAGCACUCGGGAAGGCAGAAACAGGUGGAUCUCCAUGAGUUUGAGGCCAGCCUGGUCUACAAAGUGAGUCCAAGACAGCCAAGGCUACACAGAGAAACCCUGUCUCAAAAAAAAAAAAAAAAAAUCAUGCUGUGAAUCUAGCAAUCUAAAACCAAUUAAUAAAGAAACUUAGGCUAAGAGAAAUUUACAAUUAUUUGUAAUUAUCUAAAUUUUUAAAAGAAUGUUAUUUUUGCAAUGCUUAAAUAAUAAUUCCAAUGCUUAAAUAAUCACAAAAAAACUUACUCUAUUUUUUGUUUCUUAAUUUAUAAGUGAUUUUAUAAGAUAUUAGAAAGAAUGGCAAUAAAAAAAAAGGCCAACCCCAUAAACUUUGCUGAGAUGUUCACACAUUCUGGAAAGUUCUUAAACAUGCAAUUUGCUUUGAUGAUGUCACCAAAGAAAAUGAUCCAAAUACGUGCUGGGUUCAUCAUGCAUAUUCUGGUACCCAGCCUUAAAAGGCAUGUUAUCUGGAGUCUAAUUUCAUAAUGUCCUAAAGAACUUGCCCGUGUAUGUUGGCCUAUUAUGAGAACUAAUGAGCAAAUAUACUAGCCUAUGUUAAAAGCGUAUUUUUCAUUUAAACGUGUGCUUUAGGCAAUAAAAUAUGUACCACACA